AUGAGGGGGUUUGAUGAGAGGGUGAGGAAGGAAGGCACCUUUCCUCCAUCUGCAGGGGGAGGCACAACAGUGAACUCCAGAGCCUUGUUCACCGUGAGAAGCGCCAAAUCUGCAGGAAUUGAGGUGAAGAUCAGCGUCCGGGAUCUGCACCCCAGUCCCGCAGGGGACCCCGCGCUGCGCGCCGAGCUGCACUCGAACCGCGGGGCUGCCCAUUUCCACCUGGGCAACUACCGCUCUGCGCUCAGCGAUGCCAUCCAGGCGAGGAAGCUGAAGCCCACCCACCUGAAAGCCAUCGUGAGGGGAGCUCUUUGUCACCUGGAGCUGAAGAACUUCUCUGAAGCAAUAGCAUGGUGUGAGGAGGGCUUGCAAAUAGAUUCCAAAGAGAAAAAGCUUUUGGAACUGAGAGCUAAAGCUGACAAGUUAAAGCGAGCUGAGGAGCGGGAUGCCAGGAAGGCAAAGGCGAUGGAGAGGAAGGAGCAGCGUCAGAAGGAAGUGUUGCUUGCAGCAAUAAAGGAAAGAAAUAUCAAGCUGGUUCUUGAGCCUUCGAAUGAAGAAGAGGAGAUAUCAGAUGGCCUGGCUGAGAUAUCCUUAGAUGGGUUCCACUCUGACAGUGCCAUGGGGGCAAAGGUGCACUUAGAUGCUGAUGGCAAUCUGAACUGGCCUGUCCUCUUCCUGUACCCUGAGCACGAGCAGACAGACUUCAUUGCAGCUUUCCAUGAGAAUUCCCGGUUCAUUGAUCAUUUAAUGGUGAUGUUUGCUGAGUUACCUCCAUGGGAUUUAGAAAGAAAAUACCUUCCCAGCAAUCUCGAGCUCUAUUUUGAAGAUGAAGAAAGAGCAGAAAUGUACGAGCUGAACCCAGAGCACACGCUGCUUCAAGCACUGCAACACCCAAGGUACUUUGUAAAGGCUGGGACUCCCACCGUUUUGGCAUUUGUGAAGCUUUCUCCUUUCACUAAGAAAUACUUCUCGGGCAGGAAGGUGCAUCGACUCUGA